AUGUCUACUCUCGAUAAACAUGAGAAGAGCAGCCACUCAGAGAUUGCCGCGUGGCAUGUCAUUCUCGUGUGUCUUUGGCUUCGGGGUCCCGAUGAGGCCGUGCCGUCACACGCCGGAUCUCGAACGGCACCGAACUUUUUGGCUCCCGGUCUUCAGGGCUCCGGGAACCCCGGCAUGGCCUCCGGCUAG